GCAUAGUGAACUUUAACCUCUUUUGUGUCACUCACAUCCAAUAUGGCUCCGGAGCAACGGAGACGCACAGUUCCUUAGAAACGGAGUACACACACAACGUUGCCUUUAAUAUCGGAUAAAUAAACUACAAAAACGACGAGAUUUGUUAUGAAAAUGCAUAUUCUGUAGCUCGAUUUACAAGUUCAUAACACCACCCCCCUCAAACAAAAUAUUUCAGGGAAAUUCAAAAUGACGCAAAGUGAAAAGCAAAAACAAAAUGGAAAUGAAGAAAUCAUUAAAGAGUUGUGCACUGGCAAUGGGAUAUCCUAUGAGAAGGUCUCCCAGGAAGGUGAAGGCGUCACUGUUCUGGAAAUGUUUUUCUCGGGGUAUCCCCGCAUGGUGGGACUUUCUUAUUUUCCGAACCUGACCACCCUAAUGCUGGUAGGACAGCACAUUCAGAAGAUUGAGGGGCUGCUCUCCUGCCCACUGCUCAAGGAGCUCUGGAUUAUCGAGUGCCAGCUGACUAAAAUUGCCGGUCUUCAAAACUGCCUUCGGUUACAGAAACUCUUCCUCUAUGACAAUAAAAUUAAUAAGAUUGAAAACUUAGAGCUGUUGGAGAAACUAGAGGUGCUUUGGCUUAACAACAACCAGAUUGCAGCCAUUGAGGGGCUGACAACACAAAAAAACUUGGAAGAAUUAAAUCUGGCUGACAAUGCCAUUGAGAAAAUUGGCCAUUGCCUUGAUCCAAAUGAACACCUCGAAAGGCUAAACCUUUCUGGGAACAAAAUAUGCUCCUUUAAGGAACUGACACACUUAGCAAGACUGCCUUGUUUAAAAGAGCUGGGUUUAAAGGAUCCACAGUACAGCCCAAACCCGGUGUGUUUGCUGUGUAACUAUGCUACACAUGUGCUGUACCACAUACCCAAGCUACAAAGGCUGGAUACAUAUGAUGUGUCUAAUAAACAGAUUAAGGAUGCAGCAGAGUCUACAGUGAUGAAAAAGAUGAUGUAUUAUAACAUGCGAGUGAAGACCAUUCACCGCCGACUGGCAGAGAUGCUUACAAGACUCGUGAAACAAAGAAAUCUAUUGCAACAGCGUCCGGUGGAGCAAAUAAGAGCUCUGAACUUUACUCUAAAAAACCUGGAACGUGAAUUAUCUGAGAUCCAAACACCUUCCAAAAAGUGCAGUAGUAAAGAGUCCCCAGACUCCAGGGACGAGCAGAAAUGUGUGACAGAGGGAUCCAGUAACAACAGCAGCAGUACUGGGGACAGCGUGGGGGAUCCCUGCCUGGAGCAAAAACUGUUCUGGAAACUUGAUGCCAUUAAAGACAGGCUUGCAUUCUGGAAAAGAAAGAUGGAUGAAAUAGAGACGAUCUACCAGCAGGAAGUAACAAGAGCCAAUGAGUCUAAUGACGUGAUGGUGCGAUUUCUGCUGAUUGAGCUGGAAACAGUGGGAAAUAUUCGAUUUGAAGAAGGCUCCACAUCUGAUGUCUGGUUCAGUUCCUGCUAUGACUUAGUCCUCUCCCGGUUCUGUGCAUUGGAUUUCAAGGCUUAUGGAGUUACAGGUGUCAAAAUAAAUCGUAUAAUCAGGGUCCAUAAUCGAAUUCUGAGACUCCGAUUUGAAGAAAAACUGCACUCUCUUUUGGCAAACGAGGAAUCGUCCAUUUUCUCUCAAAACUACAAAAAAUUGCUGGAAUACCUGUUUUAUGUCUGUGAUCCACGACUUCCCAGUGGGAAGGAUGAAUUAUUGCAUGUGCUGGAGAAUGGAUUUAAAACUGCUGACGCAUACAAGGCUUUGGGUAAAGAAAGAGCAGUUCCACUCUCCAAUAGUAUAAGUCUUUGUGAGCAGCCAAGAAUAGAAUAUCUACAGUCGCAGGCCAAAGCCUGGGGAAAAACUGUCAUUGAUCCUGUUCCAUUCAGACAUGGCCAGAUUAUCGUUGCCAAGGUCUUCCUUGGUCCUAGCGUCCAGGCUCAGAAAUCAGAGCCAAUUGAUCAGGUGAAUUACCCAAAGGCUCAUUCUGUCUUCCGCACUCGAAAAGUGGAGAAAAACACAGGAACCAGGGAAGAUAAAGAAUUGGCCUGUUUUACGAAUCAGCAUAGGAACUGUGACUGCAGCCUGAGGCAAAGUGAAUGGUUUGUCUUUGACCACGAGCUUGUCUUGCCAGAAUAUAUCAUUGACUUUGAGUAUAUCAUGCAGGACAGGCCACAGCCCCUAUUCACCUCCCUGCUUGAUAACAGGACUGGUACUGGCAGUGAAGACCCAUCGUCUGCGCAAGCAGUGACAGGGUCUCCUUCUGACAUAAACCUCGAUGAGAAAACGAUGAACAUGGAGCCAGUUAUCAAACCUCGACCCAAAAUGAUCAGCCUGGAGGAAAAGACUGUGCUUGUGGUGGCGAAGGCAAACAUCCUCAGUCAAAUCAUAGUUCUGAAUCUUCACGGAAACAGUCUGAAUAAAUUAAAGGACCUGUCUCGUCUGACGGCCUUACGGAAACUUAUUAUCAGCUUUAACGAGUUCACACAUCUGGAUGAUAUUUCACAUCUGCCCCAUUUAGAGUAUGUGGAUGCUAGCUAUAAUCGAAUCCAGACCCUGGAGGGAUUGAGAGGGGUGCACAAGCUAAAGCACUUGGAUCUGAGCUGGAACCACCUGACUAGAGACAGAGAUGAUAUCGGAGUCCUCCGCAAACACGCUCCAGCACUGGAGAACCUGGACAUCAGACACAAUCCCUGGCACAAAACUGGAUCCCUGCGCUUGACUGUAAUAGGGCGACUGAAGACACUGGCCCACUUGGAUGGAGUGCUUGUCAAUGAAGAGGAGGCUGCAGCGGCUUUACGAAUGGCUGUUGGAUUCAGAAUUACUCAAGGUUCCCUGUUGGUUCACUCUCGGACCGAUAGAGCCCGGCCACGCAGCCUCAGUUUACUCUCAUCGGCCCAAAUACUGACCCAGCUCAGCAAAAACAAACUGGGCACAUCUGCUGAGUUAGAACCAGGCUGGUACACGAAGAUCACUGCCCUUAACCUUGACGGACAGAAACUGGUACGACUUGUCAACCUGGACAAACUGGUGAACUUGCGUUGGGCAUCUUUUAAUGACAAUGAUAUCAGCAAGAUUGAAGGCCUUGAGAACUGCCAGCAGCUUGAAGAAUUGUCUUUAGAUGGAAACUGCAUUUCACGGCUGGAAGGAAUUUCAAAGAUGACCAAAUUAACCCGAUUCAGUCUCAAUAAAAACCAGUUGGUCUGUCUUAAUGGAGAAAUCCUAGAGAAACUGACUCACCUUCACUACCUUUCUGUGGAAAACAAUAACAUCCAAUCAUUAGAAGGGGUGCAAAAGGCAUCUUCAUUGAUCGAAUUGUACAUCGGAAACAACAGCAUAGCUACAAACCGGGACAUCUACCAUUUAAAGGGCCUAACUAACCUUAUUAUCCUGGAUUUAUAUGGGAACCCUUUAAUAGGAAAUCAAGAAAACUACAGGCUGUUUGUCAUAUUCCACCUGCCUGCGCUCAAAGCCCUGGAUGGAGUUGCUGUGGAACUGUCUGAAUCUGAGAAUGCAAAGGAUGCGUUUGGAGGCAGACUGACACCUGAUAUGGUCGCAGAGAAGCUGGGGCAUUCAAAUUACACUGACAUCCUUCAGCUGGACUUACCAGCAUCUUCAAUUAGGACUGUGGACCUUUCUCCAGCAGAUCUGUUCAGGCGUUUACGAAGCAUUAACUUGGAACACAACAACCUGACCUCUUUCAGUGGCCUCAUUUUUCUUCCUAAUUUAAAGGUUCUGUGUCUCAAUCAUAACCAUAUUGAUUCCAUUCUGCCCAGACUUAAAACACAAGCCCAUUUAAGUAACAGGCAAAUGCUGUACCAGAAAGUGAACUCCAGUGGCUACGGGCAACAAGGACUUUCAAAAGGCACCAGAGAUCCAGUGCCCAUUGAAAGUUUGGUCCCAAUAAUGGAAAGUUUGGAGGUGCUGCAUUUAGGGUACAAUGGGAUUUCAAGUCUUGCUAAUCUACAGCUCAGCAGGCUCACACAUUUAAAAGCACUCUUUCUACAAGGUAAUGAAAUCAGUCAGAUUGAAGGGCUGGAGGGGCUGCAGUAUCUCCGGGAGCUGGUGCUAGAUCAAAACCGGAUCAAAACAAUAAACGAGACCUCCUUUAUAGGCCAGGUCUCUUUAGUGGAGCUCCAUCUCGCAGAGAAUAGGAUUCGAGAACUGAACAACUUGCAGCCUUUGAUGGAGCUUCACAGACUGUUUCUGGGAAUUAAUAAAAUACAGGACAUAUCAGAACUGGAGAAACUGGAUACUCUUCCAACACUGAUAGAGCUUUCUGUUGUUGGAAAUCCUAUUGCACGCAAAAUGAUGCACCGCCCAGCAGUGGUGCUUCGACUUCCUGGCCUUCAGGUCCUGGAUGGGAUUGCAGUGACCGUGGAGGAGAAAACUCGAGCUGAACUGCAGUACAUGGAGCUACAGUGUUCCCCAAUUACCAACCCCGCAUUAGACAUAAACACAUGCCCGCCUGGUCUCAUGCCCGCCUUGGCGAAAGCGGCCCCAUUCCGUGUGACAAAUGUACAUCUAACGGGGGGACUUCAGCAGUUUCUGAGCUCUGACCUCCUCCUGCCCCAUGACUUAGAGGACUCACCGCAGCACGAAACGACCAAACAUAAAAAGCAGAAGUACACCAGCGGGAUAAUUUCAACCAAUUCUCGGAGCCUGCAUGCAGAAAUUGCCUUCAAGCAACUAAGAGGUGGAACACAUUUUCCACCCACAGCUUUAAUGCAGCAGAAUGCCUCUUCUCGUCUAAAUUACGCUUAUCCUAACGGCCAGGAACAAGAAGGAAGGUUCCACAGUAAUAGCGCACCCAGACCUCCACGAAUGUAGUUAAUAUGACAUUGGCUGUAUUGGUGAAGUGGUUUUAAUGUGAUGUAAGUACAACAAGAAAAAGAAGAUGUAAACCCUGGAAGAAGAGACCAAACUUGUACAUUUAAAAGAAAAACAUUUGUAUACGUAUGAUUAUGGUAGCACGCUGGAGGGGGAAAAAAAAAAAUGUAAUAAAUUAUUUCCUGCAUUUCAAGCAAUUUACUGCUGCAGCAACAAAAGAAUAUGCCACCAGCAGCCCUCUUUUCUAGUUUGUGUUAAUAUUAAGAGGUUUGAAUUAGUCAAAGCAAAAUGGGUUCUUUGCUCACUGGCUUUGUCAUUAGAAAUGAUCACUUUUAAAGGUCAACGCUUUCUUCACACCAAAUAUCAUUUCUGCUUGAUAUUCAUAUAUGUUCUCAAAAUAAAUCAGCACACUUCUCGAUGGUAUAAAAAUGGAUCUUGAAAUUGAAGUGUGACUGCAUGAAAACAGGCGUAACAUGAGUGUUGAGUAAAGCCUUCCAUGGUCAUGUAAUCUUGGCAUGUGUGGGAUAAAUUAGUUGUGGUCAGCCAUACAAGUGGUUUGAGUGACAGGCUGUCUGAAGUUGCUGUCUUGUGUGUUUUCUGGCAAUAGCAGAAUAAAGCGGAAAUAAACCCCAUUUAAAAACAGCCACAGGUGCUUGGCCUGUAUGCUGUGUGCCAGUGGGUCAAAUGGAUACCCAACAAAUAGAUAAUCCGGAUUUACCACACCUUUUUGAAGGAUGGCAAUCUGCUAUCACUCAGAUGAGUCUAAACAUGUUGAAUCAAUUGCAAGCACGGUUUUUAUUUCUUAUGUCUUGAAAUUACACUCCUGCUGUGUUUCUUUGCAUCGCAUCACUGUUGUUCCAAACUUUCCCUUUGUGAUUGGUAAUAGGGAAUGGGGUGGCAUUCAUCCCAAAUGGAAAAGAAGUCCAAUGUUCCCACGGUGGGUAACUUGCAAGAUCUUUAUUUAUAUGUUGUAAAUAUUUUAACAGACCUAUCAAGCCCAAAAGACCCAUCCAUGUAACAAGUUAUGUUUCUUUGUUGAAAUAAAUGUUUGUAUUUUAGAAAUACGUCUUUUCUUUUCUUUG